AUGUUGGAUGGUAACAAGGCACUAUUUGAUCUGGGAUAUUUCUUUAAUUCUGAUGGGCAGUUGCGGAAACUUGGAAAUUUUAUGAUACCUACCGAAGAGCCUUUUAGGUAUGACGUAAGCACCGAACCUGAAGAAUGUCAGGCUCAUUAUGAAAAGCUAGGUGCUGUUAUUACUGAGUAUGUGUAUCAAAUGCUGGAGUUGAAGGAGAAACUGAUCCGCUUGCCAGUUCCCAAAGAUUCAACACAAGACAAUGGCACCUUUAUUUUUGUGUCAAAAGAUUAUGAUCAAAAAGAUGUCUUGAUGAUUUUGAUUCAAGGUUCAGGGGCCGUAAGAGCUGGUCAAUGGUCUAGAUCACUGAUCAUCAAUGAAAGCUUGGAUGCAGGAACACAAAUUCCAUACAUCAAAAAAGCUAAAGCACAUGACUAUGGCAUCAUGAUUCUUAACCCCAAUGACAAUAAUCGUGAUGAAAAAAAGAUUCCAAACAGUGGUACAGCUGAAGAACAUGCAAGAUAUGUAUGGGACACUUACGUUAAAAAUUGUAAAGCUUCAAGCAUUCUGAUUGUUGCACAUAGCUACGGAGGAAUUGUGACAGUGACAUUGGCUGAUCAGGUCAAAGAUGAAUUUGAACAACGAGUGAAGGCAAUCGCUCUGACAGAUUCCGUACAUGGAUAUUCCAUGUUCAUGGUCACAGAUUAUUUAAAAAAGGUAUCAAAAAAUUGGAUUUCAAGUUCUUCACCACUUGAUGUGCCAAUGCUAACACCCGAAUUUGACAUAACACGAGUAUCAGCAGGACACCCACGACAUGAGAUGACAACAUGCAAAUGUAUCAAUUCGGUUUUCAAGUUUUUUGAAGAAAAAUUGUCAAAAAAUUAA